AAUAAUAAUAAUAAUAAUAAUACAUCACACAGUCCUAAACACUUGGGAAGUGUUUGACUUGUGAUUUUGUGAUACGAAAUCCAGCAUAUAGAUCUCAUUUGCUGUGUCAUACUCUGUCUUUGUGUCAAUAACAAUAACAACAAUAACAACAGCAACAACAUCACAUAGUCCUAGACACUUGGGAAGUGUUCGACUUGUGAUUUUGUGAUACGAAAUCCAGCAUAUCUGUCUUAUUUGCUGUGUCAUACAAUGUUGCUGUGUCAAUAAUAAUAAUAAUAACAACAAACAAACAAACAACAACUUUAUUUUUGUAUCUUGCCUCCAUCUCCACGAAGGGAUUCAGAGAGACUUAACACAGGGCCAAGCCCAAACAAUUACAGUAAAACAAGAUAAAAUACAUACAAAACACACAGCAUCAGUCCAAUAAAAUGCUUAUACAGUAUCAAAGUAAAAUAUCAGCUCUAGAUUAUUAAAUAUGGUUUUCUGUGGGCAAGCAGAUGCCAACUACCGGAUGGCAUAUGCUCUGUAUCUGAAAAUAGAUCUGAUAUGGUCUAUCCAAUGAAGUUUUCUGAUUUGUAACCUCUUUGGUACUAAUGUCGGAGAGUGGUCCCUGGUCAAAAAAAGGUUGGGAACCACUGAUCUAAACCACCAGGGGAUGGAGGGCUCCAGGGAUAAUUAUGGGGGAUAUUUAUUUAUGGACUACGUUUAUAUCCUGGCCUUCUCACCCCUUCCCACUGGGAGGAUUUUUCAGGCCACUAUAGUCGCUGUUCAGCUUAACCUGCUUGGUGUGACUUCUGGGAAAGUCGUUGUGUUCCUGGAAAGAGGGAGGGUUGCUUUCAUUGGUCUCUGAGAAGUGGUGUGAUGGGCAGCAUCCAUUAUGUGCCUUUUCCUGGUUAGAGGAUGGUGUGGGUCUCCCGGGGAAGAUGUAACCCCAAGCGUGCUACACCUACCAUUGGGGUGUUUGUAUUUAUUUUUAUUUCCUCCCCAUCUGGCUCCCUGGUGAUCCAAACAGCAGCUGUCCCUCAAAGGAGCUCUUCUUGCUAAUUAAUCCCCAUGAGAAAAGCCUCCAGGAGAACCAGGAAUAGCCAGGAGAAAUCGGAUCAGCUCAUGAACCGGUGGCUUAUAGGGACAGGUGGGAGGGCCCAGCGGCCCUUUUUUCUUUUCCAUUUGCCACGGUGUCUGGUGAAGCCUGCGUUUUUGCUCGCUCCCCUGGACUCGGAAGGCGAGCCAUGCCGGGGCUUCAAGGGGCCACGCUGGUGGAACUACCGCAGAAGCUCCACCGCACCUUGGCCACCAAGCGUGAGCUUCAUGGUCGAGCAGCAGACAUUUCCGAGUCCGUGGUCCACACCGCAGUCAUGGGGUUGCUCCUGAUGACCAGCGAGACACAUCACACCCUUCUUCUGGGCUCUGGGCACAUUGGUCUGCGCAAUCUUGGCAACACGUGCUUCAUGAACGCUGUCCUCCAGUGCCUGAGCAGCACCAAACCCUUGCGGGACUACUGCCUCCGCCGCGAAUUUCGGCAAGAGCAACCCGGAGCCCUGCGGACCCAGCAGGAGUUGACGGAAGCCUUCGCAGAUGUCAUUGCCACCUUGUGGCACCCCGAUUCCACAGAAGCCGCCAAUCCCAGCCGCUUCAAAGCCAUCUUCCAGAAAUACGUGCCAUCCUUUACAGGAUACAGCCAGCAAGACGCUCAGGAGUUUCUGAAGUUCCUGAUGGAUCGGUUGCAUGUGGAGAUCAAUAGGAAAGGACGCAAAACGCCCAGCAUCCUUUCCGACGCCAAGAGGGCCUCCGUAUUGGAGGAUGCCGACAUUCUGAGUGAUGACGAACAAGCCAACCAGAUGUGGAAGCGUUACCUGGAAAGAGAGGACAGCAAAAUAGUGGACCUCUUUGUCGGCCAGCUGAAGAGCUGCCUCAAGUGUCAAGUGUGCGGUUAUAGGUCGACCACGUUUGAAGUUUUCUGCGACCUCUCCCUGCCCAUCCCCAAAAAGGGCUUCACGGGCGGAAAGGUCUCUCUCCUCGACUGUUUCAGCCUCUUCACCAAAGAAGAGGAGCUGGACUCGGAGAAUGCACCGGAAUGUGAUAAAUGUCGGCAGAGGACCCGAAGUACCAAGAAGCUGACCAUCCAGCGCUUUCCCCGAAUCCUUGUGCUACAUCUGAACCGUUUCUCCACCACCCGCUACUCCAUUAAGAAGUGCUCUGUGUUUGUGGACUUCCCCCUACAACAGCUGAACCUGAAGGAGUUUGCCAGCGAAAAAGCAGGGACUCCUGUGUACAACCUUUACGCCCUCUGUAACCACUCCGGCAGUGUACACUACGGCCACUACACAGCCUUCUGCAAGGACCAGUCUGGCUGGCGGGUCUACAAUGAUUCCCGUGUCUCUCCGAUCAGCGAGAACCAGGUCCCUUCCAGCGAGGGAUACGUCCUUUUUUACGAGCUGGACGACACGCACUGGAAGAAGCAGUAAAAAUAAAUAAUAAAAUGACUGGGUGCCCUUCAGCGUUUUUGCUCGACUGCCCUCUUACCUCAGAGACAAAAACAAAACAAUAAGAAAACAAACAAACACUGUGUGGAGUUGGUUUCUCAGAGUGAGCUGGUUCGCCCAACUUUGUCCUGUGGGUUGUUUUAUUAUUAAUAUUAUUAUUAUAUUAUUUUCUCCCCCUUGGCUUUGGUUAACUUUACCAAGGCUGCAGGAUGACUCUCGUCUUAUGGAAGAGUCUAGGUUGUGGGGAAAAGCCCGACCGAGAGGGAAACUGAGGCGGAUGAUGACACCUCCUCUGCCUGUCCGUCUGUCCGUCCGUCUGUCCCCCGACCCCUCAGGUGAAAUGACGCCCGCUACUGAUUUUAACUUUGUACAUAAUGAUGACUUUGUACAUAGAUAAAAAAAGACCGAACAAUGAAAAGGUUGAGACUUUUUUUGUGAAUAAAUUUGCUAAAAAAAUAA